AAAUCAAAGUUAUAAUGUUUACAAUUUCACCACAAGAAUAUUUUGGUUCAUCUUAGAAUGUCGUCGUCGUCGUCAUCAUCAACGACUUUUGGCUCAUCCUUUGCUAAACACACUUUGGGCAUACCAUUCUCUUUCUGUGAUGUGGAAGCCACACUGAAAUUCUCAAAUACUACAAAAAAUUUAGGACAACCCUUCUUAGGGUGUCCAAACUACAACACAGAGGGAUUACCAUAUUAUAAGUUUUUCAAGUGGGUAGAUAGUAAUCAAGUGAAUGAGUUUCAACUUCGAGAAAGAACAAAUGAAGUGUUAAGGAAGGAGAGAGAACUCGAGAAGAGAGUCGAAGAUGUCGAAAAGAGGGAGAUUGAGCUCCGUAAGAGAUCGGAUGACAUCGAGAAGAGAGAGAUGCUGCUAUCUAAUAUUAAUGAGGAGGUUCGGAAGAAGGAGUUGGUGCUUGUUGUACGUGAAGCUAAAAUCAAGCGUUCAGGCACAUUACUCCGGGUCUAUUGGGCGUUUGCAUUUGUAUUUGGCUGUUGUAUUGGACUCUAUACUUGAUGUAAAUAUUUUAAGUUCUUAGUUUCUGCCCAAAGUUGGUGACUAACUUUAAUCUUAAUCUCACUUGAAAUCUGUUCCUUAGUUUGUUUAAAACUUUGAAUGUAGAUCUGCUUCUCCA